AAAGAUCACAGACUUUUUGAUGGUGCCUGAUUGACAAGGUCUCAGGAGGAUUGGGUUUGAUAACCUCAUCUGAUUACAAAAUCUUUGACAGCUUUAAAGGAAUUUGCAGACAGAAAAGAAAAACAGCUGCUACUUCUUGAAGGAUUUGUUAAGCAUUCCUCCCAACUUAGAUGCACAGGCUUCAGACUUCAGAGCAUGCUUUUAACACAUCAUGGAACAGAAGUAUUGAAGGAGCUUCUUUUCCAAGGCUUUCAGAAGUUCUGCAAAUGUCAUUUUUUGCAGCAUAAAUGUAUGCCUUCAAUUUCUCCAAUGCACAAGAAAGAAAAGCCACGUUUUACCCAAUGUCCUCCAUCCAUACUAAGGAAAAAAUCUUCCAUGAAACAAGCAUUGAGAGAAAAGGAGAAAGUAGAGAGAAGAGUUCGAUUCCAGGAACCAGGAGAAAUUAUUACAAAUGCUCACAAGCAGACAGUUGGGAUCCUACCUUUGUUCCUGGGCCUUUCCUUUUGCGUUGUAAUGCUGUUAGCCGCAAGUCUGUACUACAACAGCAGGAAACAAGAUUUCAAAGUCCUGGAAGAAUUUCAUUCCCACCUUGUUACAAUCCUUAUUCUGAUCAGACGUAUUGCUUUGAAAUUGUGGACUUGGUUUUUGAGGCAAUAGGCCUAUAAGGCUAGAAGUGACAGCUGGCUUAUUUUAGAUUACAUCUGAAGAACUCUGGAGUGAGGGGGAAAUGCUUUUAGGAAAAUUAAACAGGACAAAGCAUUGUCAUGUGUAGAAUAAAAGUUUGUUUUCAGGCUGCAAUUAUCAUCUAUCAGCCAUCUUGGUAGCAAUUAGAGCCCAUUGUUUUAAGAUAAUUAACAUACUGAGAAUAAUCUUAGUGAUGUGCGGGCAUUACAAACAAAAGAGCAAAGUAUUGCCAGUCAACUUCUUAAAAAAUAAGAACUUUCAAACUAGACAACACACAAAUAACUUCUUUGUGGCUGUUAAUGUGGAAACAAAUG